AUGCAUGACUCAAUACAAGCCAUUUGUUUGAUUUUCAAUUUGCCUAAAACGGCCUUGGCAAAACCCGAAUUGCCUAGGGAAAUCGGGUUUUGCCUAGGCAAUUCGGGUUUUGCCGGAGUCCCGGAGGGUUUUAGAUUCAAUCCACCUAAACAGGAGACAUUCUUCAAGGAUGACGCGAAUCACGAUCCAAUUUGGAGCGAGGAAAAAGUGAUUUCUGCCAAUUUUAAUUUGAAUGGCGUCGUCAUUGGAAAGGAUGAAUUUGAUAUUAUGAAUGCAACAACAGUGGUGGUGUUUGAAAUUUUAGAGAAAGUCUGGGCGACAAAAGAUGUUGCAUUGAUUGAUAUGAAAAUUGAAUUUGGCGUUGAUACGAAUGGAGAAAUUCUCGUCGCUGAUAUUAUUGAUGCCGAUUCUUGGAGACUCUGGGUGUCAGGUGAUAGGAGAAUCAUGAAGGACAAGCAGGUUUUCAGAAUGCUUGAGACCGUGACACAGAAAGAUUUGGAAUCAGUGAAAAGUACUUUUACAUGGGUUGAUGAUCAUUGGAAUUCUUUGGUUCUACCACCACGUCCACUCGUUGCAGUUUUGAUGGGUUCACCAUCGGACGAGGAGCAUUGUAAAAAAAUUGCCAAGUAUGCAACAGAAAUGGGACUUCAGGUUCAAUUGCGAGUGAUCAGUGCUCAUAAACAAACUGCGGAGACACUGCGAAUUCUCGCUGAAUAUGAAGGCAGUGGCGAAAAGAUCGUAUUGAUUGCUGCAGCGGGUCGAAGCAAUGGGCUGGGUCCAGUUCUUUCUGCAAAUUCAACUUUUCCUGUCAUUAAUUGUCCACCUGUGAAAGCUGAAGAUGCUGGUAAAGAUAUUUGGUCAUCUCUCAAUGUUCCCUCAGGUCUCGGUUGCACAACUGUUAUUUAUCCUGAGAGCGCUGCCCUUGCAGCAGCACAAAUUCAUGCCCUGAACGAUUAUUUUGUUUGGUCACGAUUGAGAGUGAAAAUUUUAACAAAUUUCAUCACUUUGAAACAAGCAGAUUUAAAAAUACGAAAAAUGACAUUUUAAUAGUUAGAUAAAUUUUAUUAGAAAACGAAUAAUUUCUGAAAUUUUGAUCGUUUUUAAAAAUAUUUUGUAUUUUUUACUGUUUGUUCUGUGUACUUUUUAACGUGUUGAUAUUAAAGAUAGAUAUAUUUUUUACGCAAAUUGUUUUUAAAUGCAUUAACUAAUUUAGAAUAAAAAAACGACAACCAAAAAUUACUAAAUGUUUAUGAAACUUAGCAGUUUAUGUCUUAUUACAGUUAAUUUUUAAUAUUUUAUUAGUCUCUAUUGACUGUAAAUUUAUUCGUUUAGUUCCAUUUCGAGAAGAUUUUAAAUAAAAUGUAUUAAU